CUUGGAUCCCGCGCUUCUGCUUAGCUCCCUGGCUUAAUUUCCCUCAGCGGGACUAAAGUUGGAAAUUGAGCGGAGAAUUGAAUUGCCUGGGAGCAGAGCCGCGGCCGCCACCAGAGCGAUGUUCCCGCAGAGCCGGCACCCGACGCCGCACCAGGCUGCAGGCCAGCCCUUCAAGUUCACUAUCCCGGAAUCCCUGGACCGGAUUAAAGAGGAAUUCCAGUUUCUGCAGGCACAGUAUCACAGCCUUAAAUUGGAAUGUGAGAAACUGGCAAGUGAAAAGACAGAAAUGCAGAGGCACUAUGUUAUGUACUAUGAAAUGUCAUAUGGAUUAAACAUCGAAAUGCAUAAACAGACUGAAAUCGCCAAGAGAUUGAAUACGAUUUGUGCACAGGUCAUCCCAUUUCUGUCUCAGGAACAUCAACAACAGGUGGCCCAGGCUGUGGAACGUGCCAAACAGGUGACCAUGGCAGAGCUGAAUGCCAUCAUCGGGGUACGUGGCCUACCAGGUCUACCUCCUACACAGCAGCAGUUGCAAGCCCAGCAUCUUUCUCACGGCCACGGACCCCCAGUACCCCUAACGCCUCACCCUUCGGGACUUCAGCCUCCUGGAAUCCCGCCCCUCGGGGGCAGUGCCGGCCUUCUCGCGCUGUCUAGUGCUCUGAGUGGGCAGUCUCACUUGGCAAUAAAAGAUGACAAGAAGCACCACGAUGCCGAGCACCACAGAGACAGAGAGCCGGGCACAAGUAAUUCCCUCCUGGUCCCAGACAGUCUAAGAGGCACAGAUAAACGCAGAAAUGGGCCUGAAUUUUCCAAUGACAUCAAGAAAAGGAAGGUGGAUGAUAAGGACUCCAGCCAUUAUGACAGUGAUGGUGACAAAAGUGAUGACAACUUAGUUGUGGAUGUGUCUAAUGAGGACCCUUCUUCUCCACGAGCAAGUCCUGCCCAUUCGCCCCGGGAAAACGGAAUUGACAAAAACCGCCUGCUAAAGAAAGAUGCUUCUAGCAGCCCAGCUUCCACCGCCUCCUCGGGAAGUUCUGCUUCUUUGAAAUCCAAAGAAAUGAGCUUGCAUGAAAAAGCCAGCACGCCUAUUCUGAAAUCCAGCACACCAACGCCUCGGAGCGACAUGCCAACGCCGGGCACCAGCGCCACUCCAGGACUCCGUCCAGGCCUCGGCAAGCCUCCAGCUGUGGACCCCCUCGUUAACCAAGCGGGAUUGGGUUUUCAUUUGGAAUUGGUACCAGGGAAUGGAAAGUUCGGACUGAAGGAGAAAUCUUGGAUUUUAUCAAGAAAAUCUUCUUUUGAGAUUAAGUCAGCAGCUGGUUUGAGGACACCCCUGGCAGUUCCUGGCCCAUACCCCGCUCCCUUUGGGAUGGUCCCCCACACGGGCAUGAACGGCGAGCUGACCAGCCCCGGUGCUGCGUACGCCAGUUUGCACAACAUGUCUCCCCAGAUGAGCGCUGCAGCGGCUGCGGCUGCUGUGGUGGCCUAUGGGCGCUCCCCUAUGGUGGGGUUUGACCCUCCCCCUCACAUGAGAGUUCCUGCCAUCCCUCCAAACCUGGCGGGGAUCCCUGGGGGGAAGCCUGCAUACUCCUUCCAUGUCACUGCCGAUGGUCAGAUGCAGCCUGUCCCUUUUCCUCCCGAUGCCCUCAUUGGACCCGGAAUCCCCCGACACGCUCGCCAGAUCAACACCCUCAACCACGGGGAGGUGGUGUGUGCAGUGACCAUCAGCAACCCCACGAGACACGUGUAUACGGGUGGGAAAGGCUGUGUCAAGGUCUGGGAUAUCAGCCACCCUGGCAAUAAGAGUCCUGUCUCUCAGCUUGACUGUCUGAACAGAGACAACUACAUCCGUUCCUGUAAAUUGCUCCCUGAUGGCUGCACUCUCAUAGUUGGAGGGGAAGCCAGCACUCUGUCCAUUUGGGACCUGGCGGCUCCAACCCCACGCAUCAAGGCGGAGUUGACAUCCUCAGCCCCUGCCUGCUAUGCCCUGGCCAUCAGCCCCGACUCCAAGGUCUGCUUCUCAUGCUGCAGUGACGGUAACAUCGCCGUGUGGGAUCUGCACAACCAGACGCUGGUGAGGCAAUUCCAGGGCCACACAGACGGAGCCAGCUGUAUUGACAUUUCCAAUGAUGGCACCAAGCUCUGGACGGGUGGCUUGGACAACACGGUCAGGUCCUGGGACCUGCGCGAGGGCCGGCAGCUGCAACAGCACGACUUCACCUCCCAGAUCUUCUCCCUGGGAUACUGCCCCACCGGGGAGUGGCUGGCCGUGGGCAUGGAGAGCAGCAAUGUGGAGGUGCUGCACGUGAAUAAGCCUGACAAGUACCAGCUGCACCUCCACGAGAGCUGUGUGCUGUCCCUGAAAUUCGCUUAUUGUGGUAAAUGGUUUGUGAGUACUGGAAAAGAUAACCUCCUCAAUGCCUGGCGGACCCCCUACGGAGCCAGCAUAUUCCAGUCCAAAGAGUCCUCGUCGGUGCUGAGCUGUGACAUCUCUGUGGAUGAUAAGUACAUCGUCACUGGCUCAGGGGACAAGAAGGCUACAGUCUAUGAAGUCAUCUACUGAAAACAUUAUGUGGUUUAACAUUUAUAGUUGAAUUGGGCCAAAAUGUUUUGAAUUUGUAGAAAUAGAAAAGUUGUAACUUUAAAAGAAAAAAAAACACCUAGAAAAACCUGUUUCCAAACCUUGACACAAAACUACUUUGAGUCUACAAAGACGUGUGGACGAGUCCAUCAGCAAAAGGUCACCUGUCUACCUAGACCAGAUGGAGCACCGAGGCCAAGUGGACAGAGGGCCAAGGGUUGUGGGAUGGAGGGAUGGCUGACCUGUCAGAGCCCUCUCUUCCUGGGUGAUCUAUUGAUCACGCCUUGCCCGAGUGUGAGAUUACCUUUCUGUUCCUUGCAGUUCACCUCACGUUCCGUCCUUCGUAGAGCAGUGGUGUCUCCAAUGACCUUGUUUCCUGGUUUUGCAUCUUGUGAAAUGUUUUUUUGUAUUUUUGUUGAAGGUUAAACAUUUGUAUAAAUUGUAAAUAUAUUUGGUUUAUUACAGUAAAGGCUUUAGUACCAAUAAA